UAAAAUUACUUGGCAACCAUUUAUCUCAAGUUCUAUCAGUCUGCUACUACUUUCAGAGGAAGUAACUGACAUAUUGCCACUACUGGAGACAGCAAAAUAGAUUCAGUUAGUACAACUCUGUGUAUGUUUCAUGUGAAGCUUGCUAGGAACUCCCUGUGCAGAACUCCUUCUUCUUGAGUUGAGCUAUUUCUUGCAUUUGCUGUCUCUGCAAGGAUCUGUAUAUACUGUGUGAGUCGUCUCCAUGUCAGGCCUAGUUGCUGUCAGGAAGAUUAUCCACAUGAUGAGCCAAGUUGGCAUUAAGCAACUCACUGUAUAGAGCAGAAACAAUGUGAACACACAUUUCAGGCACCUUUAGGACAGGAUUAUUGCCAUUUAAUUUAUUCAAAAAUUGCAGCUGAAACCAAAAUAUUAAGGAUAGUGAGACCCAAUGGAAGGCUCUUUCUGAACCAUGACAAAUGAGAUUUGAUCCAAAUAAAAUGAUGUGUACGGAAGGAAAAUGUUGUAACUUUAAAUAUUUUAUUAAUGUGUUUAAUGUAUUUUAUGCUUAUUCUAUUAACACAUUGUAUGUCCUUUAUGUCUUUUAUUAAUUAUUAACAUUGUAGAUAGAUAGAUAGAUAGAUAGAUAGAUAGAUAGAUAGGGCGCAGACUAGUAAUGGCUAACCAAGAUAUUGAUCAUGGUGAAAAGCUCCAUGAGAACAUCAACUCAUGUGUGGAGGCAGUGAAAAAGGCAAAUACCACAUUAAGGGUUAUUAUUAUGAGUCAACACUGAAAAUAAGAUGCACAGGACUGUAAUAUCUGGAAUACUGUGCAUACUUGCAGACAGCUCAUCUCAAAGAAAGUAUUAUAGUAAUGGAAGAGGGCAUGCUGAAAAUGUAUGCUCCCUGUGAAGCAAGACAACAGGAAGGGUAUAAGUCUGGCCAGAGAUACAUUUCCCCCUCUCUCAAAAUAUUCAAAUUUAAGGUCAUCAUGUGAAACUGAUUGGCAGUACAUUCACAGCAAGCAAAAAAUGAAGUUACUCUUUACAGAAUGCACAAUUGUCUUAGGCUUGAAUGGCUUUUAAAGGGGAGUCCACAAAUUCAUGGACUAUAUGCCUCUUGACAGCUUUUAGUCUAAAUGGCUGUGCAGCAGCAAUCCUUUCUUCUGAUUCUCCAGUUGUAUUGGACUACAACUCUACAAUUUCCAUGGAUAAUGGGAGUUGUGGCCCAACAUAUCUGCAGAGCACUAGGUGAAGUUGGAAAAAUUGUCAUAUGGAUUCUUCUGGUUCAAAGGUAAGAUGCUACUGAGUAUAGUUGCUUGGGAGCUUCAGUGCAUUCAGUGUCUUCACGCAUCAGCACUAAACUGCUUUGAACUACUCCCCCACCCCCAGUCCACACACACAUUUUUAAAGUAGUUUGGCAUACAGUGUGUGGCAGCUACUAGAGAAACACAAGUCCAAAGGCCCAACUGGCUUGCAAGGUUCUUUGGACACUAGCAAGUAUCUUAGUUUUGUCUGAUAAGACUUCAAUUAUUACUGUUUUGUAGAAUGACGUGUCAAACAGGACCGGAAAGCUCUAAAUUUCACAAGGCCAACGAUGAUUCAACAAAAGUGGUCAACAUUGAUUACAAGAAAGUUGGCCAUCUCAACCUUGAAGUCCUUUGUUCUAUAUGUCAGAAAGAGGUACACAUUAGCCAGCUAUUUCAUCAUAAAAAAACCCACCAGGCUCAGGCUGUACUGGAUUAUCGGAGACCAUGGGUGGAACCAAUAGAUAUGGAAAAGAUAGCCCAUCGGAGAAAGAAACUAAUUUUAAAAAGAAGAAUGGCUAAGUAUCCUGAACGAGAGAGAGAGAAAAUUGACUGUGCUGUGGAUCUCCUGAAGGAAAGUCUCAAGAUUGCUCCAUAUUUUUGCAUCAAGAGUGUGUCUCAAAGUUCUGUGCAUAUUCAAGAAGUAAGCAACCCACUAAUAAAAGCCAUAGCAGUCUGUCAAGACAAAAAUGCUAUUUGGAACAUAGACCUGGAAGAUGUAUUUGUUGUGUUGGACAAUUACGGAAAUAGGAAAGGAACAUGUUUCCUUGGAUUGUUUGAUGGAAGCAAUGGAAUUUCUGCUGCACGGACAGCUUCAGCUGAGCUUCCCCUUUUACUUCUUGACCAGCUUUCUCAUGGAGAUCUUUCUUACCAAGUAAGUCAAGCUGAAAAAGAAGUACUAGAUUCUUUUCGCACUGUCUUUCGGGCAGAUUAUAUAGUAAGGGAGAAAAUUUUUACUUUUAAGAGAGUCCAAAGCAAGAAAACUCAGCAAAACAAGUAUGAAUGGAUUCACAGAGCAUAUGCUAAGUCAUUCUGGCGAAUGGACCAGCUCUUGUGCCUUGGAAGAAAUGAAGUUUCCAGGGUUCGCUGGAGUAGCUGUGCAGCUGCCAUCUGUUUAGUGGAAAAGAUAAGCAAUGAAAAACAAGAAGAACCAGAGGUGGGGAAAACGCUUGAAAGGGAUAAGAAGAACAUACAAGAGGAGGAGCAAGAGCUGCCUGAAAGGAUAAGAGCAAAGAAAAGAAGCUGUACAGAAAUGGGGUCAGGCAGAGGGCCAGAACAACAGAGAGAACCCCUUGAAAGAAUAAAUGACAAAAAAGAACAGAACAUUGUAGGGGAAAUGGAAACACCCCUUGAAAGAGUGCAUGGCAAAGAAGAACAGAACUUUGUAGAGAAAACAGAAGACCCCCUUGAAAGAAAAAAUGAUGAAAAGGAAGAGAAUAUAAUAGAGCAAAGAGAAGACCCCCUUGAAAGCAUAAGCGAUGGAGAAGAACGGACCAACACAGAGGAAAGAGAAGACCACCUUGGAAGCAUAAGUGAUGGAGAAGAACAGACCAACACAGAGGAAAGGAAAGACCACCUUGGAAGCAUAAGUGAUGGAGAAGAACAGACCAACACAGAGCAAAGAGAAGACCACCUUGAAAGCAUAAGCGAUGGAGAAGAACAGACCAACACAGAGGAAAGAGAAGACCACCUUGGAAGCAUAAGUGAUGAAAAAGAGCAGAACAACACAGAGCAAAGAGUGGAACCUGCUGAAAUAAUAAAUGAUGAAAAGGAAGAGAAUGUCAUAGAGCAGAGAGAAGACCUCCUUAAAAGAAGAAAGUCUGAAAAAGAGCAGGGCAUCACACAGCAGAAAGAGGAAUCUUUUGAAAUAAUAAAUGACAAAAAAGAACCAUACCUCAUGCAAGAGGAAUCACAGCUGCCUGAAAGAAUAAGCGGAACAAAGGAAAAAAUCAUCAUGGGAUCAGGGACAGGACGCAUCACAGGACAGCAGCAAGAAGAACCCCUUGAAACAAUAAAUGAUGGAAAAGAAAAUAAUAUUGGAGACAAUAAGCAGAUUGCUGAUAAUAAAGAGAUCAAGGAAGGGAGUCUGCUUGAAAACAAUACUAGUUCAGAUGAAGUUAGUGUCGGGCUAAUGCAUAUUGCAAACAUAGGUAAUGUUCAUGCAGUUUUAUGCAAAAAUGGGAAGAGCUAUUGGCUUACUAAAGAACACUCCACUUACUCUAGAGAAGAAAAGAUCCGUGUUUUUCGGAAAGGUGGGUACAUCAGCAGUAAUGAACCCAAAGGACUUCUAGAAGGACUUACCAAAAAUACUCGUGGCCUUGGCUUUCAUGGAAACCGCAAGUUGAAAAGAAGUGUUAUACCUGUACCCCAUACAAUUUCCUUUCCCAUUGAUGAUUCAUGUCAGUUCCUUGUUUUAGCUUCUAAUGGACUAUGGGAAGUUUUAGAUAAAAGUGAAGUAGUACUAUUAACAUUAACUAUGUUUUCUGCUUAUUUGGAAAAGUAUCAAGAUGCCCAACUGAAAAAAAGGCAUUCAUCCAGUGAUUCAGAGUUACCUUUGGAUGAUUUGGAAGGUGACGUCUAUUCAUGGUAUUUGAAUCAAGAAAUUUUUCCAGAGAGAGAUGUAGACCAAAAUCUGAGCCAAAGUAAUGCACAGUUAAGCCCCGCCAAACACAGCAUAAGUGAGAAAGCCAUAAUUAAGUCAGAUUCCUUUAAAGAAAACUCAGUAGAGGAAUCAGUAAGCUCUUUAGAAUCAACCUUGAGCUCAAUUACAUCAUCUUCAGAAGAUACCGAAACCCUCCCACCAAGAUCUGGAAGUGAAGAAAUACUUGAUCAAAACACAGAAUUGGCACUUGAAAGCGAUGACUCUUCACAAACAUCAGAAGACACAGAAACCAAUUCUAGGACAUUUUAUGACCUUGCAGCAAAGUAUAUUAGUAAGCACCUUGUAAAAGCUGCACUAAAAGCAGGUUCUAGAGAUAAUAUUACUGUUUUGGUAGCACUUUUAAAUGGAUGUGAUAAGAUACCAAUUUAUGUUCAGAAUAUAUAAUUUACCUGCUAAUGAAAACUAGGGCUGCAGUCAACCCAUGUUAUAAUAAAUUGUGCUAUGAUAACUAUAUAAAAAUGUGUAUUCCUUUGGUUAAGAAUACUGAUUACACUGAGUUUCUUUUUUAUACCACU